AUGUUAAGAGGACAAAAUUUUACUAAGAUCAGUGAGGUUUUUGUGCAUUAUGAGUGUUCGGUGGUUGGUUCUGGCUUCACUCCUGAUUUAGCAGCAAUUGAAGAGUCAAAAAUUUCUCUUGUUGUUUUCUCCAAAAAAUAUGCAUCAUCUAAAUGGUGUCUUAAUGAGCUGGUCAAAAUUCUUGAAUGUAAAGAAAAACUUGGACAGCUCAUUAUUCCUAUUUUUUAUGAUGUUGAUCCUUCUGAAGUACGCCGUCAAACUGGGAAAAUUGGAGAUUCCCUUGCCAAACAUGAAUCCAAUUCAAAUUUAUGGAGAGCUGCACUUACUGCAGUUGCAAAUGGUUGCUCAGCAGUUAGUGAAGUCAAGUUCAUUGAGAUGAUUAUCCAGGAGGUAGAGGGUAAAUUAAACAAAAAAUAUAUGGACAUUGCAAGGCAUCCAGUAGGAAUUAAUUCUCGUGUUAGUGAACUAAUAAAUAAGUUGUCAUGGACGGUGUCAAGUGAUGUCAUGAAUGUUGGAAUCUGGGGCAUGGGAGGGGUUGGUAAAACUACCUUAGCAAAAGCCAUCUUCAACCAAAUUUCUCCAAAUUUUGAUCGUAGCUCCUUUCUUCAUGUUGGAUCGCAAGUUUCAAGGGGGGAUAGCGGUUUGGUUGCUUUGCAAGAAAAGCUUCUCAAGGAUACUCUCAGGAAAAGAAUUGACGUCAGCAGUGUCGACCAUGGAAUUGAAUUGAUUAAACAAAGGCUUCAAUCAAAAAGAGUUCUCAUAAUCCUUGAUGAUGUUGAUGACGGACAAAUAUACUCAUUAGUGGGAGGGAAGCAUUGGUUUGGUCCUGGCAGUAGAAUUAUCAUUACCACGAGGGACGAACACUUGCUGAAAUGUUCCACAGGUGAUGUAAAAUAUGAGGUCAAGUGUAUGACCGAAAGUGAAAGUCUACAGCUUUUCUGGCUUCCAUUAGCACUUGAAGUUUGGGGAUCCGAUUUAUAUAAAAGGGGCAUGGUAGAGUGGAAAAGUUUCAUUGAGAAAUUGAAGCAAAUCCCUCACAAUUCGAUAAUAGAGAAACUGAGAAUAAGCUUUGAUGGUCUCCCUGAUCAUACAACUAAGGAAACACUCCUUGAUAUCGCAUGUUUCUUGGAAGGAUGGGACAAGGAAGAUGCUUCUAAAGUCCUCAGCAGUUGCGGUUUCUUCCCUGAAAUUGGAAUUAAUGUCUUGAUCGAGAAGAGUUUAGUAACAAUAAAUGAAUCCAAUCAACUGAGCUUGCAUAAUCUGAUUAGAGAUAUGGGAAGAGAAAUUGUUCGUACAGAAUCCAAAGAUCCAGGUGAACGUAGCAGAUUGUGGGAUCCCGAUGAUAUUCUUGAUUUGAUUACUAGACGCAAGGGAGGGGAAAAAGUUGAGGCAUUGAAGCUAGUAGAACCAGUAUUUAAGGACAUGUGUGUGAGUACAAAAGUAUUUUCAGAAAUGAAGAACCUGAGACUCCUCCAGAUUGAUCAUCUUACUCUUCAAGGAAGCUUCAAGGACAUAUUUAAGGAGCUUAGAGUGUUAAGCUGGAAUGAUUGCCAUUUGGAACACUUGCCAUCGGAUUUGCAUCUGGACAAACUUGUUAUUUUGGAUGUGAAACACAGCAGCUUCAAAGAGUCCCCUAGUACAAAGCACUUAAGGUGUUUGAAGAUUUUGGAUCUGAGCUAUUGUGAGAGCCUAGUGAGAACUUCAGACUUCACUGGUUCACCAAUGCUUGAGAAACUAGUUUUUAGAGGUUGUUCGAGUUUGACUGAGGUGCAUUCAUCAAUUGGAUAUUUGGAGGUUCUCGGGUAUUUAGAUUUCACUGGGUGUAAGAAACUCCAGGGACUACCUGAUAGCAUCUGCAAGCUGAAAUCGCUCGAGAAGCUAUAUCUGAAUGAUUGUACAAAUCUACAACAAUUGCCUGCUGACAUGGGGAAUCUUAGGCAUUUGACGGCACUUUAUGCAAUGGGAACAUCUAUUAAACAACUACCAGUGUCUUGUGGACUUCUGAAGAAUCUUCAACUCUUGGAAGUAGGAAAUGGCUGCAAAAUUUUACAACCUAAAUCUCGUCUUUCCAUCAUUUCAUCCUUUUUAGCAUCAAAAGAUCAUGAUAUUCUUCCAUCUUCUAUUAUAAAUUUACCAUCCUUAGAAGUUCUAAAAGUUCCUUUCUUCAAUCUGUGCCAAAGAGAUAUUCCCAAUCGUCUUGGCCAAUUAUUCUCACUGGAAGUCUUAGAUUUAAGUGGAAAUAACUUUCACAGCCUACCCCUCACUCUUAGUCACCUAUCCAAGCUAAAAACCCUUAGCCUCUAUGGAUGCCCGAAUCUCCUUAUGCUCCCAAAUCUUCCUUGUAACCUAGAAGCACUAUCCACAAGGAAUUGCAGGUCACUAGAAAUGCUUCCAGAUUUGUCAAGUGCAAACAGAUUGCAACUGUUGGAUUUCUGUGAUUGCAGUGAAUUGGUUGAGAUUCGGGGCCUUGAGAAUCUUAAAUACUUAAAGUAUAUGAAUGCAAUAGGUUGUAUGCUCAGAAAAAAUCCUCUAUCUGAAGGCUUUUUCAAGGCAAAUUCUGCACCCAAUGGUGUAAAUGUUUUUCUUCACUAUGAUGAGAUUCCUAGCUGGUUAAGCUAUCGGGUUGUGGGAUCUUCAAUAUCUUUGAUUGUUCCACGAUACAUGGAACAAGAAUUCCUUGGAAUGAUUGUUUGGGCUAUUUGUGAAACUCAAGGAGAACAUUGUGUUGGAAUCCCCAUUGCUAUCAUCACUGAUCAGACAAAUAAGAUUGAAUAUCCUCUUUUUGGUGUAGAUAUUUUAGUAUGGUAUGAGAGUUAUUCAUGGGUGAGCUAUAUGCCAAGACGACAUUUCAAACGCCCAAUCAAAGGCGGUGAGAAAAUGAUGGUUUCUAUCAAAGAGCAUCAUUCAUCAAAGGAAGGUUUAGGAAAGAAGUUUGGCGUUCAUCUUUUGUUUGCAACCAGCCCAAACGGAUAGUCAUUACCUUUGAGCUGAUUGUGACAGAGAUGAUGGAGUUUUGAGGUCUUGCUUUUGAUUCAGGUUCAAUAUUUUUCCAACUUUUCUUGGGCUGCUGGGGUUUUGAUAAACAUCCAACCUGAGAACAAGUAUUGUGUGUAUGCAUUUUGUAAGACCUUCCUACUUUCAUUCUGGCUAUAUAU